AGAAAGAAAUGUCAUAUGCGUUCAAAUUGUUGCAAGCCACGAAUAACUUUACUAUAACCACAUUAAGCGUGAGGUUCCACUGCAGGGAGAACCACGUAGAUCUCGUAUUGGAUUUUGAAAACCAUUUCAAGCUAUCCAAAGUUACUUAUACAUUCAAGGAAGAAGACACACUGGUAGAAGUGACUGAAUACAAUAAAUUGCUUGUGAAAGAAAAACACUACAUUAAAGUAGUGUGCGACGAUUUGCUUUAUAUCUUGAAAAAUGCAAAAUUUGCGGAAAAACUAGAUAUUGGAAUAUCGUCUUUUAAUGAUGAUGAAGAAAGUGUGGCAGCGGUAAAUCGUAUUUAUAAGCAAUUUCGCAAUCGAUCAGAAACGGCAGAAGGAGCACUUUUUGUGCACUCACUCGGUCUCCAGGUCGAAAAUGUCUCUCAACUACGUUCCGUUUUGCCAUGCUUCAAUCCAAACAAAUUGAAAGAAUUGAUUAUCCACAAUAAAACAAUCCGAGAGAAGACAAUCGAUUUUAGAGAUAUUGUAGAAACCGAUCAUUGGAAGAAUGCAACACACAUUAAAUUAGAAGGUGUUUCCGUUCCAUUUGACAAUUUUAGCCAUUGUGAGGAUGUAAGAAUACAUGCGUCAAAAGUUUCUGCAAAUGACAUACAAACUCUGGUGGAGAUUGCCUACAAAGGCUCAAGUCUUCGUUUCUUUUAUGUUCGCUGUGAUUCUUUUGACGAAGACGUUACUGAACAACUUUUGGACAGUUUAAUUGGAAAAACGCAAACUAACAAGUUUGGGAAACCAGUUCGAUUGAUUGGAGAUAAACUCGAGUUUGUACACAACCCCACCUGGAAAACAAUUGGUUUAUUCGAAUUAUCUGAUAAGAAAGAUGAUGAGAGUAUGGAGGAUUUGACUACCACUGUCACUGGAUCAUCUAAAGCCGCAACGUUGUGUUUUUCCAACCGAUUAAUUAUGGAAAAAAUUGUGAAACAUCUUGAUUUUUUUGAGAUGGUAGUUCUUCGUAAAGUUUCUCGAGGAAGUCGCCAAUGUGUUGAGUUUUUUAAGCCAGACCCUCAAUUGAUGGCAAUUAAAAUUUCUGUGAAACCUGGGUUUAUAUUUCUCGAAGUGUUUGACAGAAGCGACUGCAUAACAAUUUUAUAUUCAGCUCCUGGCUCAGAUAUUGAAGAAAGUACCUUUACAUAUACGGAACAUAAAUCGGACAUUAACAAUUUUUCAAGCGACUUGGUUCACAUUUUAAAAAAUCAGACGUCUGCUUUGAAAGAACUUCAUGUUACGUUAGAACCAUCGUGUGGUUGGGAUAUGGAUUUUAUGGCAGAACAACGUUCCAUUUUAUCUGAUUGGCAGUUGAGUGGAGAUCAAUUUAUUGAAACGUUGAAUAGAACUUUCUUCUCGUGUGGCACCUUGUUUCCAGUAGAGAAGUUCAUUUUGACAACAAUAUGUUUGAAACAAGCUGCGCUAACACUUCAAAACGUAGAUCCCGUUACAUUAAAAUCAAUUGAACUUCGAUCAAAUUCAUUUCUAAAUAUUGUACAACCCUUUGAUGACCUCGCAAGCUUGGAGCAAUGUAAAAAUGCAGAUGAAUUGAAGAUGGAAAAUUUUCGAGUGCAAUGUGGUCUUGAGAAGUUGAUUCAUUUUGCGAAAGUUGAUAUAGGACUAUAUUCAAUUUCCCUGGAAGAUGUCUUAUAUCUGAAAGAGAAAUUCCUAAUGUCUUCCAAAUUCCGCCAGUUUAAAGCGGCGUUUCAUGAAACUGAUGUCAAUAAUUCAAUUUUCGAAGUUAACUUCUUGGGAGCUCCACGACGCAGAGUUGACGAUAUUACAAAUGUUUCAGAAGGUCAACCUAGUGUGUGGUUCUUUCCGUACGCAAGAACUAUGGAGGAUCUUCAAAUUCGAUAUUAUCGAAUGCCAAAAUUAUUCAUGUUUAAUCGCGUUCCAAGACAGUUUUGAUGGCUACCAACUAACUUUGUUUUUUUUUUCUGACAAUAGUUUUUAAUUCAUGCGUACAGUUUCACUAUUAAAUACAGUUCCAAAUGUGUUGUUUAUCAUCAAAAUUCCAAACAAACUGAAUAUUGGAAAAUACAUGUAACCUGAAAAUAUACA